AUCACUAUUUAGCACACACCGCGUAAAAGUGACGCCGAUUUCAAUUUCAACGAUUUACGAAAAGUGUGUGUGAAAACCCAGGAAACAAUGGCCGAUGUAGACGAUUUUGAUUCGCUGUCCAAUGCAGAGUUGCGCGCCAAGAUGCUGGCCCAGGGGCUGCCCAACAUCCCGGUGACGGACAGCAGCCGCAAGGUGCUGGUGAAGCGUUUGCGCGCCUCCAUUGGCGGCCAGGGCUCGCCGGCCGGAAGUCCCAAGAAGAGCAGCCGACGCGAGACACUGGCUCCAGUCGCCUCUGCUCCGGCGGCCGCAUCCACGCCGGUAGACAAGCUGGACGGGAAUAAAGUGGCUCCUGCGACCAAGGCUCGUCGCACCAUUGCCGCCACUGAGGCCAAGGAAGCCGAGCGCCGACGCCCUGAGGAGCCGGUGGCUGCCGAUCGCCGUCGAAACGAGGAGCCGGUAGUCGCCGACCGCCGUCGAAACGAGGAGCCGGUGGUCGCCAGGAAGCCCUUGCCGGCUGCUGCCCCACCCAUACAAACGCGACGCACCUCCACCACGUCCACUGGAUCCCAAAGCAAGCCGGUGGAGACGGUGAAGCCGGUGAAGAAGCCACAAACCAUUGCCGAGGAGCCGGCUCCAUCUAAGCGCACUGAUCGUGAGGACAACUACCUCAAGGUUAACUCACUGAUUGUGCUCGAGUCCGAUGACGAGGAGGACGAGCAGCUGGCCCAGGCUGCAAAUCUCGUGGAGCAGCAGCACGCGGCCAGGGAGAAGGCUUCGUCCAAGCUGGCCAGCAGCGGCACUACUACUUACGAGUACAGAAGCAAGCUGGUGGAACCUCCUCGCCAGCAGGUCUACGAGGCCUCAGCAGCUCCUGUGCUGCCCCCAUCUGUGCCAUCUGCCAGAUCACUGGCAACCAGUUCGACCAGGUCCUACGACUACCAACCAAGCAACCCAUUACCCGGUCGCUAUAGCAGCUUUGUGCGCACUGCAGCCCAGGGCUAUGUAACUGCCGAGGCUCCGCCGCUGCCCUUGUACUCCUCCCCCAGCUAUCAGCGCACCUAUGCCAACGAGCUGAGCGACGAAAACGAGGCUGAGGAGUCCAGAUAUGAGAGCACAUUUGCCCAGAAUCUGGCCCGUUUGCGGUCCGAGCGCCUUGGAGAUCGCAGCAGGCCGUACAGCCGACGCACUUUGGCCAGUGGCAGUGCGUCCAGCGGAUCUCUGGGCUAUGAGCCGCGUCCCAGACGCUCGCUUCGUUCGGAUGAGAACAGCGUGUCCGUGGCCUUUGGCCGCUGGUGGAACAGCCUGGAGCAGAAGUACCACAUCAAGUCGAAGCUGUUCAUUCUUUUGGUGGUCGUAUUGUUAAUCGGCGUUUAUUGCAUAUUCUACUGACCUGUUUAAAUGUUCUAUUUUCGAAUCUGUAAACUAGUUUGUAUUCUACGUUAUUGGAUUUGUUUUGUAAACAGGCCCGCCGCUGCGGUCUUUGUAUGAAUCUCGUUUCGAUGUAAUUUGAGUCUGAGAUAUACUAGCAUUUAAGCUGCGUGUUAUCCGUGUUCCAAUAAAGCACACUUGCAGGGAAUCUCCUCAGAUGACCA